AAAAGAGAAAUGGAAUCUCUAAAUAACGCGCAAAACUACAAAAUGAAAGUGUCGCAAGAUCCGUUUAGUUGAAAAUACUUGAGCUGGAGAAGAAUCAAGAAAUGAAGAAAAAGAACAUUGUUAUCACAGGAUUUGGACCAUUUGGAGAGCACAAAGUUAAUGCAAGUUGGGAAUGUGUGAAACAGCUUAAAGAGGAGGGGCUUGGAGAGGAUAUUAACAUACAUAUUUAUAACCUACCUGUGGAGUAUAGUACAGUGAAAAGACAGGUGCCUCAGAUAUGGGACAAUCAUAAACCAGAGUUGGUUGUUCAUGUUGGUGUGUCUAGUAUAGCAAAGGAGGUCACUCUGGAACAACUGGCACAUAAUGAUGGAUAUGAUAGAAAAGAUGUUCAGAAUUGCAGUGCAGACAACUUAUGCUGUGUGGAGGGGGCUGAUGAUUGUAUAGUAGCAGGACUAGAUAUGGCUAAAAUAUGUGAUAAAGUGAAUAAUGCAGGAACCAAAGCAAAAGCUGUAAUAUCUCAUGAUCCUGGGAGGUAUUUAUGUGACUUUUCAUACUUUGCAUCGCUACACAUAAACAAAAACCGGUCAGCUUUUAUUCAUGUACCACCCCUCAAUCAGCCACACAGUUUGAAGGAAUUGGUUGAAACGCUCAAAGUUGUUAUUUCCUGCAUGUUAGAGGAAACGGAAUUAAAUUCCUGAAGUUAAAAUGGAUUUUAUUAUCUGAUUUGUGUAAUCAUUUACUGGAUUAAAUGGUGAUAAUCAGACAUUUUGAUAAGCAGGAACAGUUUUUAUGUGAUAUAUGACUGUCAACAUCCAUGUUUUUAUUUAUGAAUCAUGUUUAUUUAAGGUUUUGUUCUCUUUCACAUUUUUAUAAUAUUGUAAAGAUAUUGUUAUUUACAUGUAUUUAUAUUUA